AUGGCCCGGAGCAGCGUCACUGGCUCCGGCUCUGGCGCGGUGAAGGCAGGGGACUCGGGAGCCACCCGCCCGGCGCCAGGCCCCGCCGAGCCUCCCGCGCAGGACAGCACGACUAAGAGCGAGACCAGCGAGCCGACAGAGACUGCUGUCAAGGAGGAGCCGGUAGUGAAACAGGAGACUCCGGACUCCCGCGGAGCCAGUUCAGCGGAGCAGGCUCCCGUACAGGCUCCCGGCGCAACUCUCAACACUCAGGAGUCGGGAGUGUUCACUCCGACAGCUGCGCCGCCCUCUCCGGAGCGGGAGCAGCGGGAGGGCGCAGCGUCCGCCCCGCCGCGCGGCACACAGUCGGCGGCCAGUCGCGGAGUGAAGAUAGUGAAGGACGAGUCGGCGCCCACCGACCGGCGCUCCUCCUCGUACCUGUACAACGACUGGGACCGCACCCUGUAUGAGAAGACAGGUCGGCCGCCGCCCGGCGAGGCGCACUGGUCGCGCGACAAGAGCGCGCACAGCGACCGCAGCCCGGCCCGCGCCGGCGGCGCCGAGCCGUGCUCUCACUCGCGGGGCUCUGCGCAGCCGGCGCGGGAGACGCAGGACCAGUUCGGUAGGAGGAUCGUCUACCGACACUGCUUCAUCGAGCCGGAGUUCACGCUGCGCGGCCAGAGGAUCCCCGUACACGGCGCCCGGAAGGGCAGCAUCGUCAACGCCGAGGACACGUACGCCGCCUUCGCGCUGGAGCUGGUCACGCCUCCCUCCGAGGGACAGCUCUCCGCCGAGAAGGUGCAGCGCCGCGCGCGCCUAAAAAAGAGACGCCGCAAGAAGAGGAAGCGCUCACCGGGCGGUAAGAGCCUGCUGCGGGAGCGGGCGCUGAUCGAGGAGCAGAAACAGCGUCUGGAGGAGGAAGGCGAGAGGCUGGAGGAGGACCGGAUCCGGCUGGAGGGGACGCGCCGCCACCUGGAGCAGCUGGAGGAGUGGUGGGUGACUGAGGGACUCCAGAUCCUCCAGCGCAACGAACUCCGCGAGCAGGAGGAGAAAAUCAUCAAUGCCGUGAUCGAGGAGGAGUGUCAGCGGAUCCGGGAGGAGAGGAGGAGACUCCAGGAGGAGUGGCAGUUCCUGGUGGAGCGUGUCGAGCGUCAGGAGAAGGAGGAGCGGCGUGUCCAGGAGGCGCUCCAGGAGCUGGAUGAGCGGCAGGAGGAGCUGGCGCAGCACGAGCGGGCCGGGAUGCGGCGCAUCCACGAGAUGAAGGCCGUGUUCGACAUCGAGCGGCGCAUGAUGGAGGUGGAUAGGAAGAAGCUGGUGGAGGAGGCGCUGACGUCUGAGGCGUUCCGGGACGCCCUGGAGGACGCCGAGCUCGGCUGCUGGGAGGCGCUCUCGGAGGACGGCCGGAGCCGGUCGCGGGUCAGCUCGGCGUCCCGGGGCGCGCGGCAGCCCGAGCCGCCCGACCCGUUCACCAACAUCAAGGACAGCCGGUUGGAGCGGCUGCUGGCGGACAUCAUACACUCGCCGGGAUCGGCGGAGCCGGAGCAGCGCCAUGACGAGCCGACAUCCCCUGAGUUACAGCAGCGUUCCUCGGAGCUGCUAUCCCCGGAGCCCAGCUGCCUCUCCCCAGAGCUGGUCUGCUCAGAGUCCGACCAGCGCUGUGUGCCGCUGCGGGAGGACGGUCCCGGCCGCCCGCCCAGUGGUAAUGCCUGCGGUCGGCCGCAGCGCCCCAUCACGGCGCGCGGCCGACCGGCCAGGGCCUCCCGCUCCACACCGUCCGGGGACCCCCGGACCGCGCCGGAUGUCCUGCCGCCCUGCGCCGCCCGCAGCGAGGGCGCCGGAGGUACAGCGGUGACCCCGGGCCGGCCGACAGGGGACGGUCUGUCGGGCGGCGGGGAGAUCGCCGACAUCUGGCGCCGCCGGCCCACCGCCGCGCAGCGUCGCGAUACGUGCAGCGAGGCGGCUAUCGCUGAGGACCGGGGUCCGGCUGCAGGCAGUGAGGGGAGCGGGGCUGCCCCGGCGGCGCCGGCGGUACCGGACCGGCCUCAGCCGGAGCACCACCUCCCGGCGCCGGCAGCUCAGCGGCAGCACGCCAAGAGCGAGGGCUUCAUGGACCCCAGCGUCCGGCGGGCGGAGGCGGAGCGGCGCCGCGCCAGCGCCGCGCCCUGCCUGGAGAGCCAGACGAGAGCGGAGUCUCCGACACCAGGGGAACAGACACCGGCGCCCCCGCAGACCCCGGCGCCCCCGGCGACCUGA